AUGGAGAUUAUGCGGAUUGCGCACUUCAUAAUCAAACAUCGUAUAAGUGUUAUUUGGACAGAGUACAUUGACAAAACAUUCGAUGGUUUCCAGGAAAUUGACAUGGAUCAUGGCGUGAAAUGGAUGAAUAAGUGGAAGACAAAGAUGCAUGAGGCAAAACUAGCAGCUCCGCAAGCGAAGCAUUCUCAAGAUCAAUAA